AUGUAUUGCACUGCCUCUACAACGCUAUUACUGUUUGGACUCGCGUCCACAACCCUGGCUGCUCGACAGCCUUACGAUGUCAGGAAGAUCAUCGAUGCGUUCCGCCACCCGCACGACGAUCUUACCGUUCUAUGCUCUCACCGUGGCCUCAGAUGGAAUGGGACUGCAGAGAACUCCCGGGAUGCGUACUUCCGUACCGCAGAGGCAGGAAUUGAAUGUAUUGAAACCGACAUUCGGCUGUCCCAGGACUUGCAGCUCCCUAUGAUCCACGAUAGUGGGCUUGGUCGGGUCACUGAUGUGGGAGAGCAAGCCGGCGAGCCCGCUUAUAACCCCUUCACCGGAGAAGGAUAUGACCCCAAGGUUGCCGAAUCCAACUUCACUGGUUUUAUGGAGGACCUACACCUACGAGACGAGCAGGGCCGUGUGCGCUUUGAGCGCGUACCAACUCUCCCGGAGAUGGUGCAGAGUAUUCACGACGCGGAGAUGAAUGUCGUCCUCGAGCUGGACUUCAAGGACCAAGCCGCCGUCGAGCCCGCGUACUGGGCACUCAAGUCAUUGAAGAAUGCCGCGGGGAUUCCUGCAAACGAAUGGUGCAUUUACAAGCUCCAAGCUACUUGGUACAAAUCACCGGAAGAGUUCGAGGCCCUGCCAUGGGUGCAAGACGCGUUCGCGAACGGAAUCCAGUUGUCCUUCAUCCCCGUCUACGAGCCUUCAUACCACACGGAGAUGGACCAGCUUGCAUCUCUGAAAGCCUUUUCAAAGACCAACUAUACCAUCUCCGCGGAGAUUGAACUUAUGUCGACAGACGGGGUGAGCUACGAGCUGCUUGACCUUGUCAAGGAGAUGCAAAAUAACCCCAACUUCCACAUUAAGUCUACCGGAACUUUCUACUCCAUCGGUGACUUCUUCGAAAAGGAAUCCAACUUGACCUUCUUUGAUACCGGGGCCUUUUCGCUCCCAGAGGACAUCCGCCACAAUAACUCGGUAUAUGUUUUCCAGGAGAACAAGCUACCAGUUCUACUUGAUUCCAAGGUCAAAAAUUACUCCGUUGAUGGACAUGACUAUCGCUCCGAUUUCAACUGGAUUAUGGAAGAAGGCUACAACUGGGUCAUCACAGAGACUGUGGAUAUAUGGGACGUUCUCCUUCGGAAGCAGGGCAAGCGCAACAUUCAGCAUAUGAUUGCCGAUGGUCAGACCGUGGCCGACGAGAGCCGAUCAAAUGGGUGGUAUAAGCGGCAUGCAAAGGACUUCAGGAUCUGA